AUGCCAUCAAUUACGCUAAAUAUACUCCUCGAAAGUACACGAGUCCUAGCUGGAGAGGAAAUGUACGCCAGGAUUUUGCUCGAUUCUACUCAGUCAGAAGCAAUUGUGACGGAAUUUUACACCAAAAUAGAGGGAUGUGGCAGGACUGGCUGGGUGAACAUUCACACUGAUAAGAUUUAUGAAAAUGAAGAAACUUACCUAAAGACGCAUAUUCCACUCUUAGAAACUGGUACCAUUUUACCAAUGGGAAGGCAUCAGUUUCCAUUAAGAAUUAUGGUACCCAAAGAUUCACCAAGUAGUUAUGAAAGUGAAUUUGGCAGUAUUCGAUAUACUAUUCAAGUUGUACUCAAAACGAAUUCUGAACAGUCAUCUUGCACGGAAACUUUCCCUUUUACGGUAAUAUCGCGAUCGUUUUUCGACGACUUUCCAGAACAUAUAAUGAGGAGGAUAGAAUACAAAGAUGACGUCGACUUCACUUGCUGCACGUUACCGUUCGGAGUGGUUUUGCUCAAAAUCAUGAUUCCAAGAAGUAUAUUUCAAUUGGGUGAGAUGUCAAGGAAAGUGGUGGCAAAGUCUUACAGUAGUUCUGAUGAUAACAGCGAAGAUUUAGUGACUGGAAUUUCGAAUCCCGAGGAAAGCCCAAAUUCAGAUCGAAGUUUAGACAAAUCACCUGAUAAAGAUCAUCUUAUCGUGCAACCAUUUUUUUUCAACGACGAUAUUAUUGGUCAGAAGUACGUGGAAUCUGCAAGACUGCCAGGAGCAAGACGUGUCCGUGGUACACAAAUUGUGUGGGAAGGAACACAAAAUGUUCUUGAAUUGCCAAUUCUCGGACAUUUUAGAACAUAUGAAAAACGAACCGAUCGUGCACGUCCAAAUCCUUGGCGUCGACAUGGAGCAUUAAUGAAGAUUUAUGAAAUUGGCGGAUGGAUCUCAAAGAUGGAAAAGCAACAAAUAAGUCGCCGAAAUCGUAAAUAUUUUUACGUUAAAGCCGGUAGCAAGCCGUGCAAUGCCCCUUCCCGACCACCGAUAAGUAUUCGCGAAAGCAAAUUCUUGCCAGCGUCAUCAAUAAGCAUUUUACCAACAACAACUCGAAGUGUCGAUGAACUAGCGUACGUGGCUGCAGUGCACAUUCAAGAAGCCAUUCAGAAUGCUUUAUCGGUGCUCUUAAAUUCGCAGCAAAUUCGAACUACUACACUCCGUAACAAAGCAGAUGAUGUCGGUGAAGGUGGUAGUUGUUCAUCCAUGAAAAUGACAUCAUUUGCAAGAAGCUUGCAGACGUUGCAGUGCUGUGUCAAAAUUAAAAAUCGGACAAGGAAAACGUUAAAAGCUUGCUCAUUGUUGAUCGUUCUGAAAACUAUAUAUGAAGCCGUAAGCAGAUAUGAGCAUAUCAAGGAAAAGAAACUUUCAGAACAAGUCAUUGGGAGUUCUGGAUUAGGGAGUGUAAAAUUUCGCAGUCAAAGUAAGUUUCUCGAUUGUUACCUCAAAAUUCCUGAGAAUUAUCCACCAACUCAAAUAUAUAAUCGCAAUUCCUUCGAAUCACAUAUUAUUGCCAUAAGUUACGCUCUCAAAUUCACUGCUUUCCCAGGUUUAAUUUGCAUUCGUACCAAAGCAAAUUUGAAAUGA